UAAAUCCACAUCACUCAUCAUUUGGUGAAGCUGAAAGCUCGAAGCAAAACUUACCCCCAUGAAGCUGUGGAUGUCUCUCCUGCUGGUCACUCUGGCCCUUUGUUGUUAUGAGGCCAAUUCACUGGUCUGUCCAGACUUAAUUACAAAAGUGGAAAACUUCUUACUCUCUUCUAAUGAUAAGUUUACGCCACAACUUUCCACAUAUGAUGUACCUUUGACAUCUGUAGAAGCAACGUUGGAAGUGAAGAAAUGCACGGACAAACUUUCCCAUGGGGAGAGACUCCGACUUGUAAGCAUACUGGAUAAAAUCGUGCAGACAUGUGUCUUCCUCCAAACAUAAAAGAUUUGUGUCCUGUUUACGCUGUCUUACGAAGAUACAUUGAUGUUUACUGCAAAAUGGGAAGGUUUCAGCAUCUUCCUUUAUUAAAUUACUUGUCCUGCA